GUUCUACUCGAUCCUUUGCUCCAGCUCGGCGGCCACCGCGAGCGCAGGGCAAUCAGGUACUCGUGCCACACACGAAUUACCGACCCAUCACACUGCCAUCGCUAGAGGCAGUGUCCUCUGCGCCACAACUGGUAGGGGCAAAAUCAGCCAGUAGCAAGCAGCUGAUCGGCACACGGAAUGCAAGUGUUCCUAUGUCCAUAGUUGGCCCACAGAACAUUCCGGGUGCGAGUAUGCGAACGGGACCUCAGGUGGACUCACAGCAGUUCAUGGAGACCACCCAGGAG